AUGGCUAAUGGUAAUCAUGUUGGUUCAGGAAAUGGAGGAUUUCAUAGCUAUCGCAGAUCCCCGCAACCAACCCCUGCCCGUUCCCCUUCCCCUGAUAUGGAGAGAAGCAUGGAGCUGCCUUCUCAUCUCAACCAGGAAAUUGCUGCCAAUGAAGAAGAUUCUGAAUGCACCAUUCGGGAGCAAGACCGAUUCAUGCCAAUAGCCAACGUGGUCAGAAACAUGCGCAAGAUCCUUCCUCCCCAAGCCAAGAUAGCCGAUGAAUCCAAACUGGUCAUCCAAGAAUGUGUCUCUGAGUUCAUAAGCUUUGUAACAGGCGAAGCUAACGAUCGUUGCAAGCUUGAGCAGCGCAAGACAAUCACUGCUGAAGACUUGCUUUGGGCCAUGAACGCACUUGGUUUUGAUGACUACGUUGAACCCUUGACUUUGUACUUGCAACGUUAUCGUGAGUUGGAUGGUGGUGAGCGUGGAUCCGUGAGAGGAGAUCCUUUGCCGUUGAAGCGCCCAAUGGUUAAUCCAGCUUCAGGCUACAGCCUCAUGCCCAAUCACCUGCCUCCUAAUUUUCCAAUGGCUCAUCACCAUGGUUAUUUUGUGUAUCCACCACCAAUGGGCAACAGUUAUAGGCAGGGGGAUGCAUCAAGUGGAAGCAGUUCUCAUGAGUGUGCAGUGGCUCCUGUGGAUAGUGACGUUGAGUCUCCUGCGGAAAAGAGUAAGGAGUGA